AUGCCGGACGGCCUCGAGGAGCCCGGGACUGAGGUCUCGGAUGCCAUGUCAGAUAAUGACCACGAGUACGACGACGAGACGCCCGUAAAAGACGACGACGACGAGAAGAUGGCCGAGUCCCACGAUAGCGGCAACGACAACAACGGCGAGGUAAAGAAGAAGUACGAUCCCAAGGACCCUUCACGGCCGAGGAGGAAGAAGGCUCGCCGGGCGUGUUUCGCCUGCCAACGAGCCCAUCUGACCUGCGGGUCCGGCUCUCGCGACAGUCUUGUGGUAGUCAAGUGA